AUGGCCAGUAGUGCACCCAAAGUUGCCCUCACAGAGCGGCGUGAAUCUCCCUCGCAAGUGGACAAGAAAGCCGAGGCAUUGGUCAAUCAAAUCCGCAAGAGUAAACACUUUAUCGUCUUCACUGGUGCCGGUGUCUCCACGUCAGCCGGGAUCCCUGAUUUUCGCGGCCCAGAUGGCAACUGGACCCUUCGAGCCCAGGGUAAACCACGCACAAAGCAUGCCAAUACCCUCCAGGCUAUCCCGUCCCCGUCACAUAUGGCCCUGGUUGAACUGCAGGACCGCGGAAUCCUGAAACAUCUCAUCAGUCAGAACUGUGAUGGACUCCAUAGACGCAGUGGGAUUUUGCCCGAGAUGAUAUCCGAAUUGCACGGGAACAGCAACCGGGAAUCUUGCAAGGACUGCAACAAAGAAUAUAUGAGAGACUUCCGCGCUGUUUCAACCUACGAAAGGGGUGACCACGACCACCGGACAGGUCGAAAAUGCGCCCGCUGUGGUGGAACCCUGCUUGAUAGUAUUGUCAAUUUCGACGAGCAAUUGCCCGCCCGAGACCUAAAUCUCGCACGGGAAAAUGCUCGAACGGCGGAUUUGUGUCUGGUCUUGGGAUCUUCGUUGACAGUCACCCCGGCAAAUGGAAUCCCGGAGAUUGUUGGACAGAGGAAUGAUGCCAAGCUGGCAAUUUGCAAUCUGCAGGAGACACCUAUUGACGAGAUGGCUGAAAUUCGGGUUUUCUCCGAAACUGAUAUUCUGAUGGCGAAAGUUAUGGAGAAACUGGGUCUUUCCAUUCCACCGUUCAUCUUGAGACGGCGUGUGGUUAUCAACGUGGAAGCCCAGUCAGAGGAUAGACACCGGGUGACAGUCACCGGUGUUGAUAGUGAUGGGACGCCUGUUACGUUUCUUCAGUCUGUUCGACUCGAGGGGAGCAGACGCGUGGCUCGUGCAGAGCCGUUCACUAUCCAUAUGCGCGAAUCACUGCAGAUCGGCGUACAAUUGAAGUUAGAGCUUGAGUUUAUGGGUCAUUAUAACGAGCCUAACCUUGAACUUGCCCAUGAAUUCAGUUGCAGCGGGGAGACAUUGUAUCUUUUGCAAUACGAUCCGGAGACUGGGAUUUGGGUUGUUGAGAGACCACAGUCCGAAUGA